UACGCAAUAUAUUUACUUAACUUGCGUAAGCGACGAUGAAUCGAAUGCUAUAUUAGAAAGCUGCUUGCGUCAGUGCAACCAGUUGACCGUCGGCUUUCGACGUGUAACAUUGUGUCUUAAUAUCGUCUUCCUUAUUACAGCACGAUAGAUAAAAUAUUCAAAACAAAUUGGUUAUAAAAAAAGUGCAAAAAUUUAUUUCAAAUUUCAUAAAGCUGCAUGAUAUAUAUUAGUUUAGUGGUGAUGUACAUAUAUAUAUCAACAUGAUAUAUAUAAUCGCUUUGUCAGUGAUAGCAGGUGCUCUAGGCAUUUAUUAUUUCCUCUUCAAGGAUCUGAAUUAUUUUAAAAAACAUGGCAUACCAUACAAGCCACCUAUUCCUUUAUUGGGAAAUAUGGCACCAUCCCUCUUGCGUCUUCAGUCGGUAGCCGAACUUGUCAAGGACUUAUAUGAUUUACAUCCUAAAGCCAAGUAUGUUGGUAUGUUUGAUUUAAACGUUCCAAUUGUAAUGAUUCGAGAUCCCGAACUCAUUAAAUCUAUCACGUUAAAACACUUCGAGACAUUCCCGGAUCAUCGCGCUUUUGUAACUGAAACUCAAGAUCCAUUGUUUGGCAAAAAUCUUUUCUCCCUUCGUGGAGACAGAUGGCGGCAAGUACGACCUGUAAUGAGCCCAGCCUUUACGUCCAGCAAAAUGAAAACCAUGUUUAAAUUAAUGUCGGAAUGUGGGAUCGAAUUCACUAAUCACUUGGCGCAAUUACCUCCGGAGCAGAGAAUAAUGCAGAUGAAAGACGUCUUCACGAGAUAUACUAACGACGUGAUUGCUACUUGCGCUUUUGGCGUAAGUGUUGAUUCUAUGAGAAAUCCAGAGAAUGAAUUCUACGUAUACGGCAAAGAAGCGACCACUUUUAACAGUAUUGCUUUAAUAAAGAUGUACAUAUUUAGAAGCUUGCCUUGGUUGGCAAAAUUAAUCAACUUGAAAUUCAUUCGUACGAAAGUAGCAGAUUUCUUUCGAAACAUCAUAAAAACCACUAUAAAAACCAGGGACGAGAAUGGUAUCGUUCGUCCUGAUAUGUUGCAAUUGUUGAUGGAAACUAGGGGUAAAGAAGGCAAGGCAGAAUUGAGUAUCGAUGAUAUAGUAGCACAGGCAUUCGUUUUUUUCUUUGGUGGCUUUGAGAGUACUUCAUCAUUAAUGUGCUUUGCCGCUCAUGAAAUCGCAGUAAAUCAAGACAUACAAGAAAAACUUCAAAAGGAGAUUGAUAAGGUUUUGAAAGAAACAAAUGGACAAGCACCUUACGAAGCGAUUAAUGGUAUAGAAUAUUUAGAUGCUGUGAUUAAUGAAGCUCUCCGAAUGUAUCCGAUUGCUGUAGCAAUGGACAGAGUAUGCGUAAAAGAUUUUGAGUUGCCGCCAGCAUUACCAGGAUUAAAACCAUUUUCUUUAAAGAAAGGACAAGGCGUAUGGAUACCGGUUUAUGCACUUCAGCGUGAUCCCACUUACUUUGAGGAGCCGGACAAAUUUGAUCCCGAGCGGUUUUGUGGUGAACGGAAAAAGAAUAGUCUCAACUCCGGAGCCUACCUUCCUUUCGGCCUGGGCCCUAGAAUGUGUAUUGGUAACAGAUUCGCAUUGUUGGAG